UUGCACUUUCUAUCAAAUGCACUAAGUUCGUCGAACGAUUCGUAUCCCAAGCAACGCAUACAUACCGACAAAAAUAUGGUGAAAUCAAAGAUUUUUACAUUUUUAAGUCUUUAUCUAACAUUACAGCUCACCUGUGCGUUUCCCUAUCAAAAUUCCUUAAACGCCAUCGACAGCAAUGAUGUGAAAUCGAAGGAAUUGCAACACAGCAGCACAUCGAAUGACGACUUUCACCACUUACUUCAACCACUGACUGCAAGUACGCUCAAAAUCAUAGAGGAUCACUCGUCCACGCUAAUCCUGGAAACAGCGACCUUCCUUGACAAUGUAAUCGUUGAAUUAAAUUUGCUACCGGAAAGCAAUGAGUACAUCGACAAACUUAUACCCGAGUUGACGAGCCUUUUGGAUCGUAUGGAAAAACUAGAUUUGGAUGACAAAUCAGCGCCAUCAUUACAUGAGAAAGCAGCAAUCCUGCAUGCUAUCGCUAGAGUCUUCACAGAUUUUGAUAACAUCGUGCGCAACAACAGUGAUGAGAGUAGCGAUAGUAGUGACAGUAGCGACAGCAGCGAAACGGCGGGUUUGAAGCAAGUCCUUGAGAAGCUGGAAUUGAAUGGUCUAAAUGAACGCAUUGGCAUCUCCACCGCGAAAGCGGUGCAAAGGUUUACCGACGUAAUGGAACCCUUCUGGAAUUCGCUAAGCGAGGAGCAGAAAAAGCAACAUGAAGAUUUGGUUCAAUGGCAUGAACAUUUCGUGGCCGCUGAAACGGAUCAGGAUAAAUUAAGGACGCUUAUAGAGUUUAUGACCAUCCUACGUAAUAUAUAUCUAACAGCAGCAAAUUAAGAAAGCAAAGCUUUAAACAAUCUUAAAUGUGAUAUAUUUAUAAUAUAUGUUAAAUAUUGCAUUAGAAUUUAUAAGAAAAAAAAUGUUAAUUGCUUGCAAAUAAUUACUAAUGAAUUAUUAGGAAAACAUUAUUUUUAUUAUGAAACAUUUUAAUUAAAAAGUUUUCUAAUACUUUAAUAACUUGGUAUUUAACGUUGCUUGUAAUUGUAUUAUAAUUAUAAAAGUUCCAGAGAAAACUUUGAUACCUAACACGUGCAAUAAAAUGUGUUUUAUAAAUUUCUCAGUAAAUAAUAAUUCGUGCGAAUGCAAUAUGGAA